GGUGUGAGAGAGACUGUCUCACUGUCUCGCUCUCCCUCCUUCCACCUGCCUGGCUGACGCUUGGGUUGUAGUGUCCAUUUUAAGGACUUGUUAUAUUCAACGCUGCUGACACCAAGAGCGGAAGUUACCGCUGACAAUGGAUUAGUAGUUCUUUUUGUUGGUGACAAUGUGUAUUGUCAGCCCUGCUGUUGCUAGCUUCUCCAAAUAGAGACAGCAGUUAAGUCCUCUUAUUGCUGACACUGUGGACUGCUGACUAAUGCUCCUGAUGACGUUAAGGAUUAUACAGUGUCUCUGAUAUUGGUCGUUGGGAUUAGCCAGUAAAUAUUUUAAGACUGGCGGAUGUUCUCUGCUCAGAGGUGAGGAUUACAAGCUGACAGAUGACCUUUGUUGAAGCUUUGUGAGAAGGAAAGCUUUACGCGUCGACACACUGUAUGAGGAAAGUAUUCACGUCCCGACUCCGUUAAUUGAAACACUGUGAAGAGUAAGCCUGGUUUUUUUUUUCGUAUUAGAGAGAAGAGGAAUCCGUCGUUUAUCCUCCAUCAAUAGCUAAAAUUUCUCUGUUUGUUAUCAUACGGUAGAGAGGAAGUUUUACCUUAAAGAAGAGACAUAACCUCACAAGGAAGUCUGGCAUCACCCCCAUGAGCGUGUUGACUGUGCCGUGAAGGACCACAUGUCACCCUGUCUCACGUGACAACCAAUUUUUAUCUACCUGAGGUGUGACGGGCAGGUAAGAAGCACCUGAAGGAUCCGUAACGUGUCAUCUGUAGGAGUUCUUAUGUAAGGUGUCCUAUGUUGCCUGUCAUGUAUUAUUGUUUGCUGUAAGUUAUUAACCGUAUAGUGUCGUCCAGAAGGUGUCAUCCACAAGGUGUCGUUCACAAGGUGUCGGUCACAAGGUGUCAUCCACAAGGUGUCAGCCACAGCCACCGUGAACUUCAACACCCAAAAUGACAAAGAUAUUUGUGUCAAAGUGGCAGAUAUUGCUGAUACUGGAGGCUUUAGUAGCCAGUCCCAGCUCAGCGUUCAGCCCUCUAGGGAUGCUGAAGUCUCAUUUGGGGUCUCUGUAUACUCUGAAAGACCAGCUCUACAAUCUUCCCAGUGGCAGACAAGUUCCCGGGUCUCUGUCGGAGUUGAUCAUGGGUAAGGAUCUUGAUCCUACUCCCAGGUCACCCACCACCUCCCAGCCCCCCUCCACUACACCCACACCUCUCGGGGUCGACCACUACGCCAAGGCCACUACAGAAAACAGCGUAUUGGGAAGCCUGUUCGAACUUGGGGCGAUUGACAUCACGGUUCAAGGUUCACCCACGAAGAAAAAUGUCAAACAACAAAUCGAGCCGACCAAACUAGCACCGUUGAAAGACAUUAUGGAGGAACUCAGCAACAUGACCUUCCUCCCCCUGGUGCCGAUGGAUGGAUCAUCAUCCGCAGAAGAGAACCACAUCGGUGAAAAUUCAGAUUUGUUGAAUUACCUAGACGGCGUCAGAAGCGACGCCUGGGGUCAAUUCAAGUCCUUGGCUCUCGGUUACACAAACUGGCUGGACCACGAGUAUGAAGUCCAACACCUGAGCGGGAAGCUGCCACUAAACCUGAUCAACAAAGUCCUCAGCCUCGGUGACAGAGUGAAUUUCCUCCACUUAGUUGGGAAGAGAGUGGACCCGGGGCUGACAGAGUACAUAGGAGACCAGCUAAAGCCUCUCUUGACUCACUUCGAGAGCGUGACCGCUAGCAGGAUGCUGGGAGGCAGCGUGUCCAACACCAUUAGUGGUAUCGUGAGGGACGCUGCGUGGAAAGCUAUUCAUCAGUUCGUCGGCCACGUGCUGAAAGUGGCAGAAAACUACGUCACGAGGGAGGACCUCGAAAAAUUCAGCACUAACCUGGCCAAAACGAGUCCUAUGGCAGCCAAGGGACUCGAUCUAAUACUAAACGGCCCACUAGAACGCUCUGCAGCUGCUGAGGGUCGUUCUUUAAUGAACAGGAAGGGCUAUUCUGAAUACCACGACGGCUAUGGUCAAAGUGAAUAUGCCAGAGGAUAUGGGUAUGGAGGAUACGGUGCAUACGACGAUUCCUACUCUUCCUAUGGCACUCAACCAGUAGGAGGAGGAGGGGGCUACGGAUCAGCCGGAGGGGGAGGGGGCUACGGAUCAGCCGGAGGGGGAGGGGGCUACGGAUCAGCCGGAGGGGGAGGAUUCGGAUUAAGUGGAGGAUACGCCUCUGGAAUACAGCUGGAUCCGUACCUCAUCCUUGGUGGUCUUGGAGCCUCUGUGUUGUUGGCUUUCUUGGCCUACCGGAUCAUCGUGACCACCGAGGAGGAGGAGGACGAUUCUUUCGGGAGACACUUUUCGAAGGACCUCUACUUGAGGGACCUGUCAGACGUGCCCAGUGUUGUUCACUCCAUCUACAGCAUGCUAGAGGACACCGAGAACAAAUACAAGUCCAAAAGGUCGUUGCCUUUACACCAGGACGACUCGGACGACUUGGUCCAGGGGCUAAACUCCCUGUGGUGGGAACACGAGAAUUACUUCGGCUGUGUCAGGUGUUCGCUCUUCAAUUUCCUUAUCGACCACGGCCACGCAGACAAUGAUCUCCUCCGGCGACUCGCUGUGGCCGGGGUAGCUCACCUUCUGGGAGCCGAGAGGUCAGGUCAGCUAUUGGACGAGGUUACUGGUCUCAUACUGGAGGGUCGACCAGCCACCUGUGAGCAGGAGGACAACACCUGCACCCUCAAAUAACCUCCAGGGAGCAACUCCUGCCUUAUUACUAGUCGUCCGUCUGAACACUUGUUUUCUCCCUCAGUUGAUGUCCCUGUAUAUGAAGAGAGCAAAAAAAAGGACAUGAACUGGAGAAGGAAGAAGACACAGGAGGAAUUAGA